AGCUAGCUUUAAUUGGCGCGAAAAUUAAUAAACUUAUUUAGUUCUCCAGCUGCAAAAGCAACAAAUCCACAAACACAAUUUUGCAGGAAAACGCUGCUGGAAAAAAGAUUGCGGCGAAAUUAUUUUUUAACUGACGUUAUGUAGAUGAUGUGUAUGUAAACAAGUCAGCUAAGAAGCUUCGGUUGCUUAACUGUCAAUAUUUUAUUGUGAAACUUGAUCGACUCUUCUUAAUCUGGGCAAAUUUCAAGUUCGUAACUUAACAUGUCAGAGAAAUAAUAUCUUAUGGUUGUGCUCUGAGAGCAAAAAUGAUACAGUUUUGAAGUUUGUGAAUGAACUAGUCAUUCUAAUAGUAGAGAGCUCCAAUAGUCAAGGAGUUAAGAGCAAAGUUUUUGUGGUGUACACACAAUAACUGAGCGAUAGGAGUCAUCUUGCAAAAUCUAUAUUACUACGAAUAAGCAGAGAAAGAGAUUACAGAAACGCGUUUCAGUAGGCAAAACGAUGUGAAUCCCCAAACUUUUAUAGGCUGGUGUGGACUCUAUAAAAAACAUGGCAGAGAAUUACAAGGGGAAAACUUUAUUUUGUGCCCUCUGCACAGAGGCAGGUCUUAUUCUCAAAAAUGGUUCCGAGAGCAAUGAAAUAAAUGUGGACAAAACUGCUUUCCAGAGGAACAUCACAUACUUUCUAAAAAACCAAACAGGAGAUGUAACUGAGGUUGUUGAGGAAUUCCUGGAAGGGUUUGGAGAAUACAUUGAUAACAAAGAAAGAUUCCACAGAAGUUUGCUGCCAACAUUCACAACUUCAGAAUGUGAAAGUGCAAGAUCAAAAGUUCAGGAAAGUGUUGUUCGUCUUUUGCUGGGAGUUGAACUUAUUCAGCCAUCUUUAGUCAGAAGCCUGCUGGAAAAACUUCCAGAGUUUUCCCAAGAUGAUGGUAUUAUUUUUGAUGCUGGAGAAAGAGUGGACAUUCCUCAUUUGCUGCUUGCUCAACUGCGCUGGUUGGACUUUAUCGUAGAUAAUAAAGCACUCAGGGAAGUGCUGCUAGAAAUGCUUGAUGCCACUUCUGAAGAUGUGCAGAGGGAGAUCAUUAGUGUGCUUCCUGCUGUUCUUGAUGACACUGAUCACACAAUUGUUGCUAUGAAACUCAAUGAAGUACUGGUAAGCAGAAGUCACCUUACUGUUGCUGUCCUGGACACAUUAACCUGUCUUGAGCUGACCCCUGACCUUCUGGCACAGGUACGACAGGCAGCAGUUCAAGCGCUGAAGCUUGUGGAUGCAGACAAUUUAGUAGUUGUGAUCAAGUUUCUGCUAAGAACAGCUUCUCAGGCUGAAAUGACAGAGGUAGUUGCUGAAAUACGGAGAGGUAUUGAUCUGCCUUCACUUGUUGACCACAGAGCAGCACUAGCAAAAGGCAAAUGUACCCAAAUAUACAGCAGCAAUCAAAGGGAUACUGAAGUUCUUAUCAUGGAUGCCAUUCAGUCAGGAAUUCAAUUUCAGAGAGGUGUGGCUGAUGCUUGGCUCAAGAUGAUCGACAGUCUAAAGGAAAAAUUAAACAUUCUGGACUUGGUUGUGAUACUUCUCCUUCAUCAGACCAGCCGACGAAAAUCUGUGGAAAGUCUUGUUCGCAAUAAAAUCAGAAGUGGAGAUAUGUCAGAGCCUUUGCUGCAGAAAGCAUUCUCAGAUCAUUCUCAGAUGAUUCAAAGACAGUUUAAAUCUUUAAUGAUGCUAGCAGAGAUGCUGCUGCGUGGAUCAGAAAUGUCCUUUGGCUAUAUUGGUGGAGUUAUAUACAAACUUAUAUUUGCAAAUUUUGAUACUUUCUGCAAACAGGAGACUGUGGCCACGCUAGUAAUGCAGCUUGGCAGUGGAAACCUAGAAGAGACAGAUGUUGCACUGGAUGUGCUGGCUAGUUUGGUAGAAGAACACUUAAAGGAUAUGGUGCAAUUUGCCAUUUUCUUUAAGCGGUUGUUGGACUUACAGCAGCAGAACAUGUCUCUCCAACGGUUGAGGAAACUAUUUGCUGUGUUAUCUCGCAUUGCUUUCUGUGCUGGCAAUGAUCCAGCUCUUAUGCAGGAUGACCUUCAUAUGGUGAUAAGGAAGCUAAUCUCUAGUGUAAACCCAAAGUGCCUUUGUCAGGGUCUGGUAGUGUGGGUGGGUGACACGUGGGUGGGCCUUGGACAUGAAUGCUUUAACUUCUGGGUUAUCUGCUUUGAUAACUUAAUUAUCCCUUACAUCAGGCAUACAUUAAUGUGUGUGCACAUUAUACAUGUAUUUUUAUAUUUCUUUUUAUAUGUUCAUGCUGCCAGUCUGCUGGGUGAUGAGAGGGAGCAGGAAGUGACAAGCUUACUGAACAUGCUUCGUGCUGCCAGCAGUCGCCAUUCUCAACCAUCAGCUGUUUUUUUAGAUGAACUGGCUGCUUUGGUUAUGGAUGGCAGUCUUCAUCCUAAAGUUCAGACUUGGGUAUCAGAGCAUAUGACAGAUAUGUUUCAGGAGAACUUUGUGGUGGAUGCUGAUGACAAAAAUAACAGUGCGGUAGGAAUACCUAUGACAGCCCAGUUCAGUCUCAAUCAGGAGGAAGAGAGCAACAUUGUCAUCAACCUUCUUCCUCUGGUGGCUGCUGAAAUUACAGAGUGUCAAAAGAGUGAGCAAACAGUGUAUGCAGCAUGUCUGUCACCACACUUCCGCCUUGUUCAAAUCUGUGAAAGCCAUCAGCAUCAGGGAAACAUGGAGGGCAUUGAUGCAUUACUUGGUUGCCCUAUUUACGUCCCUGAUGAAUACGUUUAUGAGAAAUUUGAGUCUUUCUCAGACAAGGAGAAGGAUGUUAUUUGCACUUGUCUGCUACAUUGCAUCAAUUGGUUUCGAGAGGUAAUAAAUGCCUUUGCCAGUCAAACCGAUGUGGAGAUGAAGGGCAAAGUGGUACAACGACUCUACAAUAUUACACAUUUGCAGAAGGUUCUAAUCAGAUGUAUGAAAGAACAUCCCAGAUACAAUGCACAGCUGCUGGGUCUUGGGGUUGAUGACCAACAGUCAAAUGCCUCUCACAGUAACACCAAGAACAAGGCUCCAGUCACUAAAGCAAAGGGGUCUAGGAAAAGGAAAAGACCAAAAGAGAGAGCUAUAGCAGAAGCUGAUGAGGAAGUCUCACAGGAUGCUACUUUUCAAGAAAAGGAGACUCAGGGUGAGGGUGAACCUGCAAAAAGCAAAAAGCUGCAGUCUGAGGGAGACAAAACUGGUUUACCUUUAUAUUAUAGGGAAUUGGACUUAAGUGUGUUCCACAUUCUACAUUCAGUAUCUGUUCUUCACAGUUGUCUGGAUUUAGAUCUACAGUCUAAGGACACACAUAAAUUUCAAAUUCAAGCCCAACAGCUCAAUUUCCUUUUGGAGGAUCUGGUAAAGAAGAUGAAUCAUGCCCUUAUUGCCAGCACAACUCAUUGUCAUUCCUUUUUCAAGGCAAGGCUGCUUAAAAAAACAGGUUUCUCAAACCUUGACAAGCACUCAUCUGAGCAGACGGCCAGGUUCUGUGUCAAGCUUCUCCCCACUCUUUGCAGUCAUUUGGAUGCCAUCAGCAACUUUUUCCAGACUCAGAUUUCAAGAACUGAUGAUGAAAUUGAUGACCUAGGGACCAACACACUUGAAGCUGAAGAGAUGGCUGUAUGCUUUCACUUAGUUCUGCAGGCUUUGCAGGUCCUUUUUGCAUGGAAUGGCUUUGGGCUUUUGGAGCACAGAGAACUGCUGAGGGAGAGUGUAGCACUGCUAGCUGCACAAGUCAAAGCAAUGGGCACCACACAGAUGUCAUUCAUAGAUCUUUUGAGCAAUGCCUCCCUAUAUAUCGAGAACUUUGCUGAGACUGUACCCACGCUGGCAGCAAGUACAACACUCAUCAAACUAUUAGCAGCUCUUACAAGUAGAUGUGAAAACACCACGCUUCGUCAACGAUUGGGAGAACUUGCUCACAAACAAGUGCAGCGUGAGUGGGGGAUUGAAAAGGGUGACCAUGAAAAAGGAGCAUCAGUUAAUGAAAUGCUGCAGUUCCAUGUCAGGAUUUGGAUCAUAAAUACAGAAGAUCCCUUUCAGACCAUGGAAAAUAUAGCUAACACCAUCAAGAUGGAACUUGUGCAGGGAAGCAGACAGGGUACUGCCUCUGAACUACCAUGUCUUACAAGAUCUACAUUUCCAGUGUUUCUUCGGGUGAUCAUGAGUGAACUGGUGGAGAAAGUCAAGGGUAUUCCAUUACUAAAACGCUCAGAUGACAAAGAGAUUCAAGAGAAGUAUCUUGUGAGCUGGAGUGCAGCUGUGCGUGUUUUGUUCCUGGGAGUUGGGCUUGUCAAAGAACUCAACAGUCGUGGAGGAAUUUCAGCGUGUAUGAAGUAUGGGAGGCAGUUUGUGGAGAUCUUUUUACAGCGGGCAAUGCCAGUACUUGAUGCAAGUUUCAUUUCUCAAAGCACAGAAGUUCAUUCAUUACUGCGAACUCUUCAACAGAGCACACGCAUACUACAGAAUAUGUGUGGCCAUGCUAAGAGAACUCAGGACAUUACUCAGGUAAAUCAGGUCCCAGUGUUGAAAAGAGCCCUAGAGCGUCUGGUGUUGCGUGUCAAACAUAUGCUGACUAUAAACCACUGUCAGCGUGCUUUCUGGGUUGGAAACCUCAAGAACAAAACACUUCAGGGCGAGGAGAUUCCAUCACAGGCAUACAGUGAGCAGAAGAGUUCAGGUGCUGACAGUGAGGGAGAUGAAGAACCCAUGUCCGAGGAAGAAAGUGAGCUGGAGGCACAGACUGAGGAGAAAGUUGGUGUGAGCACAAGUGUGGCUUCAGAUGACUCAGAUGGCUCCUACAGUGAAAUAUACUGAUUGUACUGUCAGCUUGAAACUUUAUGUCUAAUUUAGUGAGCAUUUUCAGAAAUUGCAAAAUGUGUAUUCAGAGGAAGGAUUAUAACACCAGUGGUGAGAAUGCACCAACUCGCCAUGGACAACUGGUCCAUCAUAAUGUAAAUAACGAUUGAAAACUUAAAUGUGAAUCUUGAUAAAACAUGUUUAGUAGAACCUCUCUGUUAAGACUUGCCAAAAUAAGCUUAUACUUGAAAGGGGUUUUAACUUCUUUUGCAUUAACUCCUAGAAUUGCUAGGGUUUUGAAUUUUAUGUAAAAACAGUUAACAUGCUUGUGAUGCUUAGGGAAAUAUAAUUUGAACCCAUGUGCAAUGUUAAGCCCGAGGACUGUUUGGGGUUAAUGCCAAGGAGCUUAAAAGAGAAACUGGUUAUUUUCUUAUUUCCUUACCCCUGACCUAAAACCACAAGAAAGUUAAUUUCAGUAUUUUAUUAUAAACAAUUCAACUGCUAGACUAUGACAAUGCUGUCAUAAGGCUGUAUGAGGCUAUAAAUGCUUUGAAGUUAGAAGAGUGAAUAGGAGUUUUCAUAGGUGCAUUCAGGACUUCGAGGUGAUGGAUAGAUGGCCCAUGUGGAAGGUGGUCUUGGUUGGGGUGGGGUGAGAAAUGACAAAGGCUAUAAUGAAUUACAUUCAUUUUACUGGCAUCAACUUCAUCUUGUGGUAUGGUAAAUAUUUUGGCUAAAAUCUGUACAUUUUAUGGCUGAUUUUGAUUUUAGGUUUUCUUUUGAUGCAUUUUUUGCUGAGUGAGCUAUAUUUGUUACAAGACUUAUCAGUACGUUUUCCAUUGACAGAAACAAUGCUUAGAACAUGCUUGAUUGAUGAUACUUUUUUUCGCUAUCAAAAACAUUAGAUAAAUAUGUUUUACUUUAGUUGAAUGUCAAAGAUUUUCUGUUAAAACUGAAAUUUGAUUACAGUGACAUGAUUUUC